UUCACGGCCGUGCAAGAAAUCCUGUCAGUGAAUGGACCGCCAUCUGUGUAGGGAUGUAUUUUGGAGUGGACUGUGAUUGAAGAAGUGGGAUGGGUUUUCUUAGUUGACCUGUUUUAUUUUUUAUGAUGUCGUUUUCCCGCAAUGUUUUUUAAAGUUUCUUAUUCAAUACACCAGCCAGCUGGUGGCGAUAAUGAACCAUUAACAUUGGAUGACAACCGCCGCUAAACCCCAUCGAAUAAGAAGCAUGUGCUGUCGCGAAAUCAGGAUUGUCGAAUGACACUAAAGUACUGUAGCCUACUCCGGUUUACUUUUGUGUAUUAUAUUAUAGUCUACACAUCCAAGAGUCACUCUCAUUGAACAAAGACUCAAACGGCUAGUUGAAUCCAAGAAAAUGGUGGCUGUAUCGGUGAUUGCCAUGGCAGUUGGAACUGGUACAGCUGCAAUGCUCAUGGCCCCUGUUGCUUUGGGAGUGAUGGGGUUUGGUGCUGGUGGGGUUGCAGCUGGAUCAACCGCAGCAGGCAUGAUGUCUUCUGCAGCCGUGGCCAAUGGAGGUGGGGUAGCAGCAGGGAGCCUUGUUGCUGCUCUACAGUCAGCAGGAGCUGCAGCACUCACUAGUGUGGCCACAGUGGUUGUGGGAAGUGUAGGAGCGGCAGCCGGUGGAGAGGUGGGAUGGGUGACGUCGAAGUUCAGGGGGUGACCUCAACAUUCAGCCCUAUUGACGCUGGGGUCUCAUCCUCGCUAUGAUUAUAUUGAUAAUAUCAUUGAUUAUACUGAAUAUUUGGCUUCGUCCCAUACUGUAUGUGCUGAGCUGUAGGAUAGAAAAGUUGACUAUAGCACACAGUGUUAUGAGGAUACUGAAUGUUCUCAUUGAUUUCUGACUGAUAAAGAGGAUUUGUUGAGUUUGAUUAGUGAAAAGAUCAGUGAGUAUUGCAAUGCAUUCCCUUGCUAUGAAGACUGAAUAAAUAUAAAUAUAUUUUCAA